GUAAUAAACAAACACAGUGAAACAAGAUUAAUAAAAAAAUAUUCGGGCGUUGUUAUUUUCCAAGAAUUUUAUAAUUAAUUACAUUGAUAAUUUAUUGAUAAUAUUAAAAACAAUUAAUUGCUGGAAGAUAAAAUGUUUGGUGGAAAAAAAAAAGAAUCAAAACGCACUUCACGAUCUAACAAUAAGUAUGAUAUUCCAAAUCCAAUGGACUUUGGGAUAAAUCCAGCUGACGAUGAUGACGAUGAUGAUGAAGCAUUGGAGGCAGAAUUGCGACGUUUGACAAGUGGUGAUGGCACAACAUAUGAACGAGCUCAACCAAAAGCACCUCCUAGAAAACCUAAGGUAAACAUAGAAGAAAUUGAAAAAAUGUCAGAUGAAGAAAUGUCUGAUGACGAUGGUGAAGAUGAUCCAGCAUAUCUUGAUGAAUUGAAAGGAAUACUUGGUGAAGAGAUUGACGAUACUGAGGAUAAAAUUGAAAAUAAAGAAGAAGAAAAAGUUACUGUAAAUCCUGAUCAAGCUACUAAUGAAAAUAUUACUAUUAUUGAAGAAAGAAUUACUAUGUACAAAGCAGCUGAAAAUAAAGCAAAAGCUGACAAUGAAAUAUCAAAAGCAAGAAGAUUCACUCGUGGUUUAAAAACACUUAAUGAAUUAUUAAAAAGUGUCAAGGCAGGAAAUACUAUUAAUGUUGAUGAUAUUCCACCAGUUUUGCCACAUUCUGCAUUGCCCAAGGAUCCAAAUCAAAAUGAGCCAGAAAAUAAGGCACUACCUGUAGUUGAUGAGCCAGUACCGACACCUGAAGAACCAGUAGUUCCAGUAGAAGAACCAACACCUCAAAAGGUUCCAGUUGAUGAGGAAAAAUUGGAGUUAUUAAAAAAACGUCAGCGAGAAUAUAAAAUUGCUGCAUUAAAAUGGAAAAAAGCUGAAAAUGUUGAGGAAGCAUUGAAAUAUAUAAAAAUAUCAAAACAGUUUGAUACUGUUAUUAAUGCUUUACUCUCAGGUGAACCAAUUGAUUUGUCAGAUAUGCCACCACCUCCAUCUUUGCCCAUGUCAACUGCUGAAAAUCCAAUCAACACUGAAGCUCAAGAAAAACAAGAAAAUGAAACUCAAGAAGCUUCAGUAGAAUUAGCUCCAGUAACUGGUAGUGGAAUUGAAGGAGCCUUAAAAGAACGUCUUGAAGUUUAUCGUCGAGCUAAAACAGUUGCAGAAGAAGAAAAUAAUACACGUAAAUCACGUCAAUAUGGAAGAAUAUGUAAACAAUAUGAAGAUGCAAUUAAACUUUUUACACGUGGUAAAACAAUUCCAAUUGAUGAACUUCCAAUUCCACCUGGUUUUCCACCAAUUGCACUUGAACAAUCAAAUCCACCAGCAGUAUCUAAUUCAUCAAUAGUAACACCAAGUGUUCCAUCACGACCAGCUCCACAACCACCAACUGAUACUUCAAAUUCACAAAUUAUAGAACCAAAAAAAUUGGAAGAACCUAAAAAACCAAGUGCUAUGACACGAGCUGAUAAACAAAUAUUAUUAUUACAAAAGCGACAAGCUGAAUUAAAACGUGCUGCUUUAACAGCUAAAAAAGAUGGUGAUAUAGAAUUAGCUAAAGAAUAUUUGCGACAAGCUAAAGGAAUUGAUCCAUUGAUAAAUGCCAGUCGUAGUGGUUUACCAGUUGACAUGACAUCAAUUCCAAUAUCACCAAAUGCUAAAAAUCAACUUUUAAAAUCAACUGAUAAAUCAUCAGAUGAUAAUUUUACUAUAAUAUCAGCAGGGGAAGUAACACCAAUCAAUGAAAAUAGUACUGACCAAGAAAUUUAUGAUAAUCUUGAAGCAACGCUGAUUAAACACAAGAAGAUGUGUUUGAGUACACGUGAUCAUACCAAGGCUCUUGGUGAUGUUCCUGGUUACAACAGAUGGGAAAGAUUGGCUCUUGGCUAUACAAAAGACCUUGAUAUGCUCAGGGUUCAAAGACGUGAAGGACUCAAACCACCUCGUCAUCAUUAUGAAGUUAGAACUUAUUCAAUUGUUCAAAGCUCAACAGACGUUAGUGAUGGAGACGUGGAAAUAUCAAUAAUUCGUGGUAUUGAUUAUUCAAAAGAAGCUGAUACUUAUGUUAUUUAUGAAUUUCCAUAUCCAUCAGAUAAUUCACCAACUGAUAGAACUUCAACAAUUAAAGCUUCAAAUAAUCCAGAGUAUGAAGCUACUUUUACAUUAAAUGGAAUUAUAGAUCGUUCAUCAAGACCAUGUCAACGUGCAUUCAAAAGACAUGCAUUAAAAUGCCAAGUUUGGUCAAAAGGAUGCUCGAUGAAUCCCCUGCUGUGUUGCACUCACCCAAGUGGAUUUUUUAGAAGUGAUAGUCUUCUUGGAACAGUAACUGUUAAAUUACAGCCAUUGGAAACUCAAUGCACACUUCAUGAUUCAUUCCCACUUAUGAAUGGAAGAAAACCAGCUGGAGGUAAAUUGGAAGUUAAAAUACGUCUUCGAGAUCCAAUCACAACAAAGCAAAUUGAAAAAAUGACAGACAAAUGGCUGAUAAUUGAUAAUUGAAAAAAAAAAUCAAAACUAUUAUCAAACUUGAUAAUAUUAACCGCAAAAUAUUGUGAUGAAUAUGAAAAUAUUUUAUUUUACUAACAACUGUAUUUAUAGUUAAAUAAAAAUUUUAUUAAAAUUUUGAAAAAUAUAUAAAUCGUUAUUUUAAAUAAAUAAAAAAAAAAACAAAUA